CCUCCAACAGACUACAUGAAGAGACCUUUAGCAGCACAGUGUCGAGGGUUUGAUCCAAGAGCUUUCCGCUGGGCUCUCUCUAUGAAGCUUGCAGUGGAGGAGAUAAACAACAGAAAAGACCUCCUGUCAAAUUAUACACUGUCUUACAGAAUUUUUGACUCCUGCUCCACUCCUGUGACUGCUCAGAAAGCAAUCUUGGCAGUACUGAAUGGAGGGGAUGUUGUUCAGAGUUCUAUGUGCUCUGGUUCCUUAUUAGGAUUAAUAGGGGAAUCUGGAUCCUCACAGUCCAUUGUUCUCUCCAGAACUGUGCAACCCUUCCAAAUACCCAUGAUAAGCUAUUUUUCAACCUGCUCUUGUCUAAGUAAUCGGAAGCAGUUCCCAACAUUUUUCAGAGUGGUUCCCAAUGAUGAUUACCAGGUUAAAGCUAUUGCACAACUCUUAAAGCGGUUUGAUUGGACAUGGGUUGGUGUGGUGACUGAAGACCAUGACUAUGGCAGGUUUGCUUUACAAGGCUUAAAGCGAGAAAUUGAGAAUACUAACAUUUGUCUGGCCUAUCAUGAAAUGAUCCCUAAAGACUAUACUCAGGAACGAGUCCUCAAGAUUCUUAAAGUAAUGAAGCAAUCGACAGCUAAGGUGGUUGUUGUUUUUUCAGUAGAAGGGGAAUUGUAUCCUUUUUUAAGAGAGUUUGUGACUCAAAAUAUCACAGGAAUUCAAUGGAUUGCAAGUGAGGCUUGGGUUACAGCUUCAAUGUUAGCACAAAUAUAUCCAUUCUUAGAUGGCACAAUUGGGUUUGCAAUACGUCAAGGCCACAUCCCAGGUCUUCAGAAUUACCUCAAAACGGUGACCCCAGAAAUUCAUUUGCCCUCCUGCACCGGAAAAGAACCUCUCAGACAAGAACACUCUGCCUUCAUGAACACAUCCAGCCCUCGUGUGUCCUACAAUGUAUAUAAAGCAGUGUAUGCCCUUGCUCAUUCUCUACAUAAUCUCAUUCACUGUAAACCUGGAAAUGGACCGUUUGAGAAUUUCUCAUGUGCCAACCUCAACAAUGUGUUUCCAUGGCAGCUUCAAAAUUAUCUUGAGGAUGUUUCAUUCUCAAUAGGUGGAGAAAAUGUUAAAUUUGAUAAUAAUGGUGACUCAGUUCCAUAUUAUGAUUUGAUAAACUGGCAAAGACACACAAGUGGAGAUAUUCAAUUUGUUAAAGUGGGCCUCUAUGAUGGUGCUCAACAUUCCGGGAGAGAACUGGUGAUUGAGAAACAAGCCAUUAUGUGUGUCUCUGUGUGCAGUAAUAGCUGUGCCCCAGGAUUCAGGACUGCUGCCCGUCGUGGGCAACCUCUUUGCUGCUUUGACUGUGUUCCAUGUGAGAGUGGAAAGAUCAGUAAUCAGACAGAUUCAAUAGAUUGUAUGCCAUGCCCUGAAGACUACUGGUCCAAUGCAAAUGGAACAGCGUGUGUCCCAAAAGUUGUUGAGUUUCUCUCAUAUGAUGCAAUGGGUAUCACCCUGACUGUGAUAGCUGUUGUUGGAGCCUUUCUGACUAUCACAGUGUUGGUGAUCUUUUUGUAUAACAGAGGAACCCCUAUAGUCCGUGUAAAUAACUCAGAACUCAGUUUCUUCAUCCUGAUGUCCUUGACUCUGUGUUUUCUAUGUGCUUUGGUGUUUAUUGGGGAACCUACAUCCUGGUCCUGCAUGCUGCGACACACUGUCUUCAGCAUCACUUUCUCUCUCUGCAUCUCUUGCAUCCUGGGCAAGACUUUAGUGGUGUUGGCAGCUUUUACAGCUACCCGACCUGGAAACAAUAUAAUGAAAUGGUUGAGCCCCACACAGCAGAGAAUAAUCAUCUUCUGCUGCACUCUGGUUCAGGUGAUCAUAUGUACUGCUUGGCUUACAAUAUCCCCUCCUUUCCCCUAUAGAAACACUAAAUAUCAACAGUCCAAGAUCAUCCUGGAUUGCAGUGUGGGGUCUGAUCUGGCCUUCUGGUGUGUGCUGGGAUAUAUUGGUCUUUUGGCCUGUGUCUGCUUUUUUCUUGCUUUUCUGGCCCGAAAGUUGCCAGGCAAUUUUAAUGAGGCCAAAUACAUCACCUUCAGCAUGCUUAUAUUUUGUGCAGUGUGGCUAGCAUUUGUACCUGCAUACGUCAGCCAACCUGGUAAAUUUACAACUGCUGUGGAGAUUUUUGCUAUUUUAUCUUCUAGUUUUGGUCUCCUUCUGUGCUUAUUUGCCCCUAAAUGUUACAUUAUUCUACUCAAACCUGAGAAGAACACUAAGCAACAUCUCAUGGGAAAAGUAAUGAAAUGA